UGCGGAAUGACGCCAGGGGUUUACGUAUCUCACGUGACCACCUCGCUGCCGCACAUUGACAUUGGACUAAGGAGACAGGACUUACUAGCGUGACUUCUUUCACUGACAGCAGGAUGGGAGCCUCCGURUCCGCACCUGCUGCUGCCACGGUCCAGGCGGAGGCUGUGAUGGCCACGCACCCCCAGAGCUGCCCGAUGCAUCACGAAGGACAGCCUGCCAAAGUGUCUCCGCCUUCAGAGUGUCCCAUGCAUCAAACUCAGCCUGUCAAAGCAUCCCCUCCUUCAGAGUGUCCCAUGCACAGAGCAGAGGCGGGUCCAGCUCACCAGGACCGGGCCUAUGAGUUUGUGGAGCAUCCUAUGAAAGCUGCAGCGGGCCUGAAGAGUGACAUAGAUCCRACAAACAUGAUGCCUCCUCCUAACCAAACGCCAGCUCCAGACCAGCCCUUUAAACUCUCCRUUUCGAGAGAAGAGUCUACCAUUCCCCGGCACGGCACGGACAAUAAGUGGGUUUAUCCAUCUGAGCAGAUGUUCUGGAAUGCCAUGUUGCGAAAAGGGUGGCGCUGGCGGGACGAUGACCUGGCUCCCAAUGACAUGAGCAACAUCAUCAAAAUCCACAACCAGAACAACGAGCAGGCCUGGCAGGAGAUCCUGAAGUGGGAAGCCCUGCACGCACAGGAAUGUCCAUGUGGGCCGAAGCUGAAGAGGUUUGGUGGGAAGGCCAAAGAGUACUCCCCCCGAGCCCGCUUCCGCCACUUGAUGGGAUACGAGCUGCCCUUCGACCGCCACGACUGGAUCGUUGACCGCUGUGGGAAGGAGGUGCGCUACGUAAUCGAUUACUACGAUGGGGAAAUUAACCAAGACACCUACCAGUUCUCCAUCUUGGACGUGCGUCCUGCCUUCGAUUCCUUUGGUGCUGUGUGGGACCGCAUGAAAGUGGCCUGGUGGCGCUGGACUUCCUAACAGACUAAUAGAGCUCCUAAACACACAAAGACUGCAGCUUGUUUUCUGGUUCAUCUCCUGACAUCAUAUGUAGGACUGUUAACAAAAACAAAACAAGACUAUGAGGGGGGAAAAGAGCCUCAGAACCUCACAGAUGUGAUGCACAGGACUGACUUCUUUUGUUUCAAAUAAAUCACAAGAGAUGUGCGUGUUCGUCCAGCAGGUCACAUGACUGUUCAGACUCAGAGUCUGCUCAGUAAYUGAUACUUUCAUCAGGUUUUAUAUGAGAAAUAUGACAUCAUAUUACUGUUAAACACAUGAGGACCAGAUGUGAGUCCAACAGGUGACAAAGCAAAGUCAGAAAAUGAGCAGUGAUUUUGUCUGGUUGCUUGUAUCGAGUUUCCUAAAGGGUUAGUCUAAGUCUGCAUUUCGAAUCAAUCAUAAUGUAACAGAAGAGAUGAAUUUAAACUCCUAACUGGAUCAAACGUUUAACUGCAUCAUCUUCAAACUGUGACAUUUUCUUUGUUUUAACUUUUUAUUUAUUUAAAGUAUCCACUUCCUUUGUGUGGACAGGCACAGUCCAAAGUCUGUCCAGAAUUAACUUUCAGUCAUUUUACUCUAUGUUCUUCUGGAAACAUUGAUUAUACUUUAUAAAAUGCAACAUUAUAUAAAUGUCAAAUCUACAAACUAUAUAACUGAGAAGUUAAACAUGUACAACCGCAAUUCUCAAAGUGUACGUUGUGUAAAAUGUGAAUAAAAACAAAAUGCAGUGAUUUGGAA